CCACAACCUCACUCCCCGUCACGCCCUCACACCCCACCAAAAACUCCACCGCCUUACUCACAUCCUCCACCUUCCCCACCCUCCCCACCGCCGAUUAGUCUACAAUUCUUGCAGAGUCGCAGCAUUUACCAAGCGAUUCCUGCCGAUGGCAUACCGAACCCCUUCCUCGCGUCCGACAAUCGACCCGGUCCCGAGACCGAGCUGCCAGACCUGCUAAAAGGCGGACAUUUCCGGCGGGCAGCAGAGAGAGCUGUCAAGGACCUCCUUGAAAGCCCACCCAAUGCAGCCGAGACCAUCUUGCAGCUACUGUAUGUCCGUCUGGCCUGUCUAAUCCUCAUCUCUCGACCAGACCUAGCGGCUGCAGAGGCGGGCCCUCUGACAGAUUUGUUUGCACGUAAUCCGCCUGGAGCUGAGGAUGUCAUUGCACUAGUGUCCUGGGAUCUCAGACUAUUGCUUGUCCGCCUGCAGUCAAUCGGUGCAGCCGACGGAGGACGUCGAGGCAUCAUGGCCUUGUAUGCACUCGCUGGAGAAGUGAGAAGCAAACUUCGAGCUGCUAGAUUCCACAAAGACGACGCAGCUAUCAGCACCUGUAGUGCUCGGCUGCAGGAUCUUGGUUUGAUAGUUUGCGAUACACUUGUAGAGAUGGGUGAGCUGGAGACUGCCACCCGCCACCUGGACACCCUUUCCGGCAUGAACGAGGAUGAGUUGGCUUACCGGAAAGCAUUGCUGAGAGUGCGAGUCGGAGAUGUCAACGGGGCACGGGAAUACGCUGUCAAAAUACAAGACCAGACAAGAAAGCGGUCGUUCGAAGCACUCUUGAAAAUUUCUGCCGGCGACUUCUCUUCUGCUCUCGACGCCUGGCAGACCCUCGCCAGCGAAGAUCCCGCCGAUGAGCUCCUUGCCCAAAAUACUGCCAUCUCGCUACUAUACACUGGCCAAAUUCUCUCUGCGCGCACUAUGCUUGAAGAUCUUGCCCAACGUUUGCCGACGUUUCCCACGCUCCUCUUCAACUUGAGCACCGUAUACGAGCUCUGCACCGAACGAGCUGUUGAUCGCAAAACUCAGCUUGUCCACCAGAGCGCUGCCAAAGCGCCAUCAUCCGACUCCGGAGGAUGGGAACGCUCUACUUUUGAGUUCAAGCUCUAG